UUAAACAACUUCAUUUGUCAGAAUGGAUAAAAGUAAAAUCUAAGACUGAGAUGGUUGCAACUUCCAAGCUUUGGGUUCGAGGAGGUUACCGCAAAAUGGAAAGGUUGAGGCGUGCCACUGAGUCAAAGUCACUCGCUAGUUAGAGGCGUGCACGGUGGGCGAAAUCCAGGUGGUGGCGAAUGGCGUCGGACUCGGAGGUCUUCAGCCAUGGCGAACGGCGCGAGGGUUAUACAUCUGCUCUGCUCUCUUCUUGAGUCUUUUUGAGAGAAGGAUGUUGUUGAUGAUAGAAGAGUUUUGAGUCAUUGGGGUGCCUCCGAGAGUAUAUAGAUAAGUGAGAUUAUUGUAUUACAUCGUGACAAGAUGGCACUAGAAGCAAACUUUGCUAAAGAGAGACUUGAUGGCUUAAUGAAAGAAUUCGAACAACAGAAAGAUGAAGCAAAAGACAUUUUAGCAAGAAAUGUAGAGUUUUCUCAGCUAGUUGUUGACUACCAACAGAAAUUGCGUGAAAGCUCUGAGUUAUUGAAUGCUGCUGAGGAGCUGUCUCGGAAACUUUCCAUGGAGAUGUCUGUUUUAAAGCACGAAAAGGAAGUGAUAUCAAAGGCUGAAAAGAGAGCAUCUGAUGAGGUUCGCAGUUUAUCUGAAAGAGUGCAACGCUUGCAGGUCAGGAUUUUUUUAUGUUUUUUUUAUGUUCUAUAAAUUAUGUAUAUUAUAACACUUAAUGCUGCAGGCUAGUUUGGCUACCAUACAGAGUGCUGAGGAAUGAAUGGACUUUCAAUGUUAGAUGGACUUUCAUCAUUUUCCAUGAUCCAAUCAUCAUUAGAAGAAAUAUCAUCAACAUUAUUCUCGUUCAUUUCUCUAGCCACCUUCUUCUUGGCCAAUCUUGAAAUAAGCAUCACUAAAACAACAUCAUUCAUAGUCAUUUGUUUCAAACGAUUUCUUAUUUUUGUA